GGAAUUACAUCACGGUAAAUGAACCUGUGAACCGGACGCGGCAUGAUGUUACGCGGAAGAGUCUUUACGGAAACGCACUUUUCCAUAUUUUUUUGCCGACAUUUUGCGACAUUUUUCUUGCAUUGAAAGUUUCUCGUAUGGGACUUGUGGCGCCUUAAGAUGAGCGAAACGGGCGACAGCGUGAGUCCGGCGGUGUCCGAGCCCGAACAGCCGAGUGUCCAUGAGGGGGAGCCUAAUUGGGCAGAGAGACCCGAGUACCCGCCAUCCAGCUAUGGAUCCAUGAAAAGUGAUGAAAACUGUGUCAGUGCCACAAUGUCCGAGGAGGACGAGCCUCCUGCUGCUGCCUCAAGUAGCGCAGGUGUACUGCAGUCACCGGAUCUUUCUGAAGAGGACGCUAAUGUGCUGAAUUCAACUACUGAGGAUGCCACCCUGGAGUUGCCACAUAUAUUUAAGUCAAUCCAAAAUACUCUGAAUAGUCUCAGUGAGAUGAAGUUGCUUCUGUUCAAGAUGUGUCUGAUCAAGCACCAUGCUGAGUAUUUUGAGGGUCAGCUGGACAAAAAUGCUGAUAUCCUGGACAUUGUGGACAAGAUGCUGGAACGCUGCGGAAAAGGGGGUGCACUGAGUAUAACCCUGCGUGUUCUCCAUGACAUCAAAAUGCGUGACUUGGCUGAGGAACUGGAGAAGAGCUGCAGACGAUUGAGGCUCCAGCAUGACCUGAAAACGUGUCUGAAGAGACGCUAUGAGUGCAUAUUUGAAGGAAUAGCAAGACAAGGAACCCAAAGCUUUCUGAACUACAUCUACACUGACGUGCAGAUGAUUGCUGAUGGGAAUGCAGUGAACAGGGAACAUGAAGUGAGGCAAGCUGAGGCUGGCCUGAGACCGGUCCGACAAGGCACUGCGAUCCCGUGCAGUGACAUCUUCAGGUCCAUGCCUGGCCAUUAUAAGCCUGUGAGAAACGUCCUUACAACUGGUAUUGCAGGUAUUGGUUUGACAGUCUGUGUGCAGAAGUACAUUCUUGACUGGACAGAAGAAAAACCUAACCAGGAUAUUCACUUUGUUUUCCCUGUUCCAUUUCGGGAGCUAAAUUUAAUUAAGGAAGAUCGCAUCAGUAUGAGGGAUCUUAUUUGCAUCUUCUUUCCGGAAAUGAAAGAAAUGGAUUUCAUAGAGAAGAAGGACUGCAGGGUCCUUUUCAUUCUCGAUGGCUUGGAUGUCUGUAAGCGGCCUCUUCAUUUCCAGGACAAUGACAAAGUGACUGACAUACAACAGAAGACAACAAUACAGGUGUUGCUCACAAACCUUAUCCAGGGGAAUCUGCUGCCCUCUGCCCACGUGUGGAUAACUUCCCGGUCUGCAGCAGCCAACUUGAUCCCUUCUGCGUGUGUCCAUCGCUAUACGGAGCUGUGUGGGUUUAAUGACGAUCAGAAGAAGGCUUACUUCAUGCAGAAAUUCAAAGACCCGCAGCAGAUCUUUCAAGUUCUCUCACGUGUGACCUCAGCGAGGACCUUGCAUAUCAUGUGCCAUAUACCAGUGUUCUGCUGGAUUGUGGCCACUGUUUUCGAGCGGAAGUUCGCUGACCCCGACAGAACAGUAAUCACAACACUCACUCAGUUUUAUACACAUUACCUGGUUCUCCAGUUGCACAUGAAGAAUCAGAAGUAUUAUGGGAUGAAGACAGGUUUGCAACAGUGGCAGGACACAGACCCAGAUUUUGUUCUUAAAGUGGCUAAGUUCGCCUUUGAACAACUAGAGAAAGAUAGAUUCAGCUUUCAUGAGGUGGACUUGAGAGAAUUUGGCUUGGCCAGGAGGGAUGUGGUGCUGCACUCUGGGCUCUGCACAGAAAUAUAUAAACAGGAGUCGUGUCAGGAGCGGGAAUUCUGCUUUGUUCACCAGAGCUUGCAGGAGUACCUUGCAGCACUCCAUGUGCACUACACAUUUUUAAACCGUAACCAGAAUGUCCUUGGCCAGCCUUUGAUGAACACCUUCUCAAAGAUCUUUAAAUCAGCACCCAUGUGUGACUUGUACAAGACUGCAAUAGAGAGAGCCAUGCAGAGUGAGAAUGGACAGCUAGAUCUUUUCCUGCGGUUCCUUUUUGGCCUCUCGGAACACUCCACGCAGGAGAUCCUAAGGGGCCUCCUGAAGCGCAUGGAAGUUGCUCCACAGGUUCCUGAAGAAAUGAUCAAUUACAUUAAAAAGCUGAUCAGUGAGAAUAGCAAGCCAGAGCGAUGUGGAAAUCUGGCUCACUGUCUGCUUGAACUGGAGCAAAACUGAUGUGACGCUAAAGCACUAUGACUUCAUAAUGCUCUUAUUAUCCACUAAUAGCAUAACAUACAAACAGAAAACGCAUGGCAAUUUACUAUCACUACAGCAAAUAAAUUGAUUAUAAUAAAAAUUAUGUGACACUUUCAGGCUUUCAUACAAGACAUCUUACUGCAAGUCUGUUUGAUUGCAUUGUAAACCUAACAUUAGCUAUCUUAUUUGCAAAGUAAUAAAUAAUGUUACAUGCAUGUAUAUGUGCAGACUUGUCUUGAAUUGAAAAUGUCACACCAGCCAGCUGACCAAAGUUGGCAACCCUUGGACAGAUUUAUUUUUGUAUGUUCUUUUAGUGUUAGAAAGUGUAUGGUAAAGGGGGAGCGUGCUAACUGUAAAUGGUGUAUAAAACUAGAAUGUGUAGAGUGAUUUCGGAUUAGGAAUGCAGAUUAUGUACAGAGUGAAGAACAGCGCGUUAUCCCUCCGAGGCAAUAGAUGGCGGUAGUGCGCCGAAUCUGUGUUACAAUUAUUCUACUUCGAAAGGAAGACAGUAUGUAUGCGGCUAGUAUGAAGAUUUGAUGCCAUUAUUACUCUAUCAAAUAGCCUGAGAAUCAUCUUGGGUGAGUUUGAAGGAGUUGUGUGAAAAAGGUUUUGGUUAUUUGUAUUCUGGUAAAACAAAAACAUAUUAAAUAUUAUCCAUUUUUA